AUGACACUACACUACAACACUAGCUCCAGAAUCGAGUGUACUGAUAGUUAUCCUCAACAGAUUAAAAGACUAAAAUAUUCUAUUUCUCCAUUACCUUUCCGAUUACCUCCCACGCUCCCAAAUACGAUCGUCUCCCACCCAUGCCCUAAAUCCUUAAUCGCUACCUCCUUCGCCAUCGACUUACUCCAGGCUCCAAAUUGUUGUCGUUCAGACAUUGCAACCUCUCCACCGCUGCCUCCUGGCACUACUUGUUGUCGCGCUCUGCCCAUACAUCUUCGAAUAAGAAUACGAGGAGUGGACGAGAAAUCAGAAAAAAGUUGUUGAUUAUGGUAGGGCGCUAGACGAUUAAGAUUUACGGUGUACUUUGUUCUUCACGACUUCAUGAAUCACGCCCCCCAAAAUCAUUAAUUCAUCAUUAUUCCACCUGAUAGCUUAAUUGCAUCUGAUUUCUGGAACCGACUGGCUAGUGUCUAGAACUAAGGAGGACCAAGGGAGAUUCUGGAUAAAAGAGGAGGCGUAUAAUUUCUCGAUAUGUAGAAUUGGAAGUCAAAGAUGAAAGUCCUGACCGAAUUCAUGGUGGAAGACGAAGAUUCAAAGGAUAUUUGGGUAUUGGUAAGUAAGUCCAAUUUUCCACAAUUCACUACUACUACAUAAAAGGAAACUUCAAAGAGCUAGGCAUGGACUACCACCCAUGUAGCUUCAGAGAUUCUGGAUGCUAACAUGAUUAUGAAUGAGGCAACUGAUUACACCAUGGGAGCUCGAAGUAGAAAAAGGAAAAACCAGUUUGAAAACCCUAUGACUUCACAUGAAUCACAUGGUGUUUGUCAAAUUCAGUCAUGCCUUGGAACGAAUGAAGGCUUUGUAGGCUAACUACACUUGGGUGUAUAGGAAUAGUAUUGGAAUAGAGUACAUGUAUGUAUUGUAAUACAGUUGAUUGUAUUGGAAUAGACUAGCUAAAUGUAAUAGAGUACAUUUAUAUUGAUCGUAUUAUAAUUGAUAUAGGGAGUGAAUAUUGUUAGACAAGUA